AAGCAGAUUUCUUCUGAGACUUUUCAUUAAAGCAGCAGAGAUUGAGACACAGACAGGAGAGCAGAUGCUGAAACAAUUAUCAUCAGCCUGCACAUACAGCUCUUUUCCUUAUCAAUUGACUGACAGAAUUAAACAGAGUGAUUUCCUGCUGGAUCUUUAUUCACACGUUAAGAACUAUAGGACUAAAACAGCCAGUAGAUUCCUUCCAGCAUUACAGUCAGUUUUCCAGUCUCCUGAUGUCUGGAUCACAGACCUCUCAGAGAGAAAGACCUCUGUCCUCCUGGAAGUGCUGAAACUCCAAACAGAGAAGAAACCAGUAGAGCUGAGAGGAUGUUCAUAGGAAGAGAGUGAAGUGAUGAGUUUCCUCCAGUGUCUGCCCUUCAUCUCACAGCUCAGGCUGAGUGGUUAUAUGGUGGUGAGACUAGUGAAGACCUUGAGGUCUCUGAAGGUUCGAGCUCCUGUCACUGUUAAUGAACUCAUACUGGAACUGAAUAUUGAAUUGUGUUCAGAGAGAAGUCUGUCAAGGGUCCUGAGCAGUUUGGCCAUCCUCCUGAGACUCUGGACCGUCCACUGUCUAAACUUGACUGAUUGCAAUAUUCAGCCUGUUUCUCUAUCUAUCCUACUGUGUCACCAGGGCCCACUGACUCACAGACCAUCCAAAGAGACUCUUCAGAAGCUGAUUAAGUUUGUCUACGAAACUCAGGAAGAGGAAUUGACUCAAUGUUUUCUUCAGAGAGUGAAUGGAGAUCUGACUUCCUAUUCCUUGACCUGGAGAGAGCUUCACUAUUUUCUGCAGCACAGCAAUCAACAAAUCACUGUGGACCUCAGGAAGAGCAAAGUUCAGUGCAACAUCAGAGAAAUUCUGCCACUUCUGAACAGGAUUACUUUUAAACGGAUGAGCUCUUCCUUCAUGCUGUCUGUAAUCAAAGAGAUCUAUGAGAGCGGCUUUGCUGGAUUUGUGUCCAGUCUGUUGAGUUCGGUGGGGAACUGCAUUAAUCUGCAGUGCCGAGAUCUAGACUCUGGUGAUUGUGCUGUGCUGUGCUUCACACUCCAGCACUGCACUGCAGCUUUACUCAACCUGAUGUGGACCAUCAUACCAGAGGAAGAGCUGGAGACAUUUCUGCCUCUUCUCAAACACGUCUCAUACCUCAGGUCUUGCUACUACUCUCUAUAUUCCUUUAUUUGAUUAAUUUUUGAACUGCAGCAGUUCGUCUUAACCAUGUCUACAUGCCUAAAUGGAUUGAGCUGCUGCCAUUAGGCUGAUUAGAAAAUUGUGUUUUACGAACAGUUGGACUGGUGUAUCUAAUGAAGGUGCCGGUGAGUGUAUGUGUGGGGCUAUUCUGCUCUGCUGUAACCAUAUUAUUCCAUACUAAUAAUUAAUUUGACUGGAUUUUAUUUUAGAAUUAUAUAACUCGCAUCACUGUUUUUAUAUAUUUUAGAGCACACACUAUAAUACACACACUAUAAUAUUAAAAAUGGCACGUUUUACCAUUAUCAUAAAUCAUGAAUGCUCAACAAUCUACAUUUUAUGUACUUGAAGACUAAUGAUGAAAACCUACUGUUUCAAUGUCAAUGACUUUCCAGUAGAGGGCAGCAAUAAUUUAUAACUGUGAUAAGCAAAGAUGUCGAGAAAACAGACUGAAAAGAACUGAAUUGUCAAACAAGCUCCUUUUUUUUACCACUGAUUACUUCAUCCUCUCUUCAUCCAGAAGAGUAGAAACCUCGCUGACUGAACUCUACUGUUUACUGCAGACAUAACAGAUGAAUAAUAUUAUACUCAGCAAAUCACUUACCUCAUUCCUGUGGCUGUAAUGAAUGCAGCUUUAUCAAACUUGAAUUUUGUUACACACCUCCAUUAUAAAUGAUUGUGCUGAAGCUGUUAUUUCAUCACUGUUCUACAGAUGUUAACACUACAUCUCUUUUAUUUUUUGUCAUCACUCUUGUGUAUUUAUUUUAAUAAUAUUCAUUGGUGGAAUUGGUCAUAACCUAGUGAAAUAAAAUCUUCCUCUGCAUAUCAAAGUGAUAUUCAACCUGCAUUCAUUUGAGUAUUGGGAAACAACAUUUUGCUUUUUAAUCAACAUUCAAUCAUUGUCAGAAUUUUGAUCCGCCC